UUUUUCAGAACUUUCUUGGUCUGACUUUUUCUUCGGCAGCCACGUACCUCCAACCACUUUCUUUGUCGUUUGAACCAAAUCAAAAAGAUUUUACACAAGCACUUUCGCGCACACCAUUGAGUUCUCUGCCUGCCUCCCAGACACCACCAAGAUUCAACCAACUGUUCGUGUAAUACACGUACACAUAUCUUUUACCCCUUCCCACUUUAUCUACAAUUCUGUUCCAGCGAUUUUCAGUCACGUUUGUUCUCUCAGUACAUUCAUUCGUCUCAUUGUUUGUUACUGGUAUAGAGUAUUUGGAACCGAUGUAAAAACAGAGGUCUAGGGUUUUAGUUUGGAGGUAUUUUGCUCUGGAACAUACGGAGUUGUAUUAUGUCGGAAACGAGUCGAAACGGUGUAGAGUCGUCGGUUGAAACCGGUAUUCCCAGUGGUUUGAAUCGGAUUAAGACCCGGAGAGUGUUGUCGAAGGAUUAUCAGAAUUCAAAAGCUGAUGAUUCGGAUAGGUGGAUUGAAUCUACGAGUUAUGGAGCUUCAAGGCCUAAUUUGAAGCAGAAGCAGAGGUCGGUGGUUAAACGUCAUGUUAAAUUCAGCAGUCCUAAAGAAGGAGUACGUAAAGGGAAUAAGAUAGCUCGGUGGUUAACAUCAUACUUGUUCAAGGAUUCUGAUCAAGCUUUAGAUGAUAUUCCUCCAAACGCAGAGUAUAAUGACUUGGAAAUCAAGGCAUUUAACAAGGAGAGUCCUACAAUAAAGCCGAAGGUGGGGACAUAUUCAACUGGAAAACAAUCUUCACUAGAAUUCACAUGCAGUAGUAAAGCGCCAAAAGUUUUAAAAAGUUUUUCACAUGAACUAGGGCCAAAAGGUGGCAUUCGACCUGUCCAUCCUCGGGCUCACAGCUAUAGUGAUUUGAAGGAACUUUUGGGAUCAUUGCAUUCAAGAUUUGAUGCGACUAAAGAAGUUGUGAACACAGAGUUGGCUUGUUUUGCACGAGAGGCGAUGGAGGUCUUGCAGAAGAAGAGUGAUUCCUUGUCCCUAGAAGGACAGAAAAUGACAGAGGAACUUCUAAUUCUAGCGCAGCAAUGUAUUGAAAUGACCUCCUUAGAGUUUCGCACCAAGUGUGAAGCAGUUGUCCAAGAUUUGACUGAAAGGAGGCAGCAAUGCCAAACAGGAUUACUCAAGUGGCUGUUGACACGUAUGCUUUUUAUAUUGACGCGGUGCACUAGGUUGUUGCAUUUUGAGAGAGAUAAGGAUCCAAUUGAUGAGAAAUCCCUUUAUAAAUUCAAGGAAUGUUUAGAAAAUAUUCCGUCUGUGGAAAUGAGUUGGGUUCUUAAUAGAGGGAUUGCUGAUUCUGAUUCGGGUUAUUCUUUAAACAAGAAGGGCGUUGCCACACGGAAACUGCAGAUGAAAAAUCAGGCUACUGUUCUCUCUCAGGCGGCCCAGUGCAGGUCUGAAAUGUCAGUUGAUGAGAGUGAUGCAGUUUUGGGAAAGGAUUUCAUGGUUUCUGAACAGAAGUCACCUUCUGAAAAUUCCCAAAUUGGUAUUCCUUCAAAUCUUCAACAAUUUCGUCAAGCUGAUGACAAUUUUCCUGGAGAGUCGAUAAUAAAAAUUAGUUGUGGUUCACUUCAGGAGCAGGAAUAUAUUUCAGAUGAUUCUAAUUUAGUAAUUUGUAGGAUAUGCGAAGAACUAGUUCCAACUCCUCAUUUGGAGUCUCAUUCCUAUAUAUGUGCUUAUGCAGACAAAUGUGAUUUGAAAGGUUUGGAUGUAGAUGAACGUCUGCUGAAACUUGCAGAGUUUCUUGAACAGAUUAUAGAGGCGCACAAUCCAGGUGUUAAUUCAACGCUUGACAGUCCUGAAAAUUCGAGAAUGCAUAUUACAAGUUCUGUAAUCACGCCUGAAGGUUGUUCACCGAAGAUAAGUGAGUGGCGAAGUAAAGGUGUGGAAGGAAUGUUUGAAGACCUUCAUGAGAUGGACACUGCCUGUAUAGAAGAUUCUCAGCUUGCAACUUCUAUUAACUUGAGGGGCUUGUCAGCUGUGAAGCUCAGCCACUGUGGUCCCCCAUCGUCAACUGGGAGCAUGACAUCGGCAUCCUCCACAAACACCCCUCGAGCAGGAAAUUUUGAUUUCUUCUGGCCGGAGCAUAACAAUCCUUCUGAGCUAGAGGAUGUGCAACAGAUGGCUGACCUUGCAGACAUUGCCCGCUGUGUGGCAGACACAGAUAUUUCAAAAGAAGGGUCCCAUGAGUUUCUAAUUGCUUGCAUGGAAGACUUGCAGGAUGUUUUGCAGCAUAGCAAGCUCAAAGCUCUUGUGGUAGACACUUUUGGAAGCCGAGUAGAGAAUCUUCUGCGUGAGAAAUAUGUACUUGCUUGUGAACUACUGGAUACAAAAAGUGAUAUCAGACAUCCUGAAAUCUCAAAGUUUUUUCUGGAUAAUGGAUCACAAAGUAGUACCAUGUCAACUCCUUCGCAUCCCUGGCAUAAAGAACGAACAAGCAUUGAAGACUUUGAGAUCAUUAAACCAAUUAGCAGAGGUGCCUUUGGUAAAGUCUUUCUUGCACGAAAGCGAACAACAGGGGAUUUAUUUGCAAUAAAGGUGCUCAAGAAGUUGGAUAUGUUUCGAAAGAAUGAUAUUGAGCGUAUAUUGGCAGAGCGUAAUAUACUGAUAACAGUUCGAAAUCCUUUUGUGGUUCGAUUUUUCUAUUCAUUCACCAGUAGGGACAACCUUUAUUUGGUAAUGGAAUAUCUCAAUGGAGGUGAUCUAUACUCUUUGCUUAGGAAAGUGGGUUGCCUUGAGGAAGAUGUAGCUCGUAUCUAUGUUGCAGAACUGGUUCUUGCUUUAGAAUACAUUCACUCUUUAGGGAUCGUGCACCGUGAUUUGAAACCGGACAACAUAUUGAUUGCACAUGAUGGGCAUAUCAAGCUUACAGAUUUUGGGUUAUCAAAGAUUGGCCUCAUGAACAGCACAGAUGAUUUAUCUGGAUCUGAGGCAAACGAAAUUACACUUUCGGAUACCGAUAGUCCGCUCAAUCCACACAGAGUGAACAGAAGCCGGCGAUCAGCUGUGGGCACGCCAGACUACUUGGCACCUGAAAUUCUUCUUGGAACUGAGCAUGGUUAUGCUGCAGACUGGUGGUCUGUGGGAAUUAUCCUAUUCGAAUUUAUUUGUGGAAUCCCACCUUUCACUGCUGAACAUCCAGAGAUAAUCUUCAACAACAUUCUUAACAGGAAAAUUCCAUGGCCUUCUGUUCCCACCGAUAUGUCCUAUGAAGCUAAAGACUUGAUUGACAGGUUUCUCAUUCAUGAUCCAAAUCAACGUGUUGGAGCAAAGGGAUCAUCCGAGGUAAAAGCACAUCCUUUUUUCAGGGGAGUUAACUGGGACAAUUUUGCCUUACGGAAGGCUGCCUUUGUACCACACCCCGACAGUGUAGAUGACACAAGCUAUUUCGUGUCACGCUAUAGUGGAAUGCCAGAUGAUGAUGAUGAUGACUCUAGCAAUUCUGCUUCUGACACUACUGAGUUGUAUUCAAAUUCUGGAUUAGAGAAGAUGGACGAUUGUGGUAAUCUUGAACUUGUCACAGUUGGCAUCCAUCAAUCGCGAUGUUCUCCUACAAUGUGGGAAAAACUCAUCAAAAAGCUCGUCUCCAUACAAAGAUUCAAACCGAUAGUUUUUCGUUUUCACAUUCUUUGGGCAACGCAUUUUUUUUCUUUCAGCAGCUCGGUCAAGAUGGUAUAGGUAAAGGGUAACAUUGUACAGGUUUAGACAUACCCCACUCCAUUGCUUACUAUAGCGAGACAUAAAAAAAUGUUAGGUAUUUGACUCGAUAAGAACUGUCCACAGUCCACACAUGAUUUUGCUUCGCUGCCAUAGCCAAUAACUGCUCUACACGUGGAAGGUUGGUGCAUCCUCAAAAUGUUCGACUCCUUCAACCUGUUACAUGAAAAUUUUCACGUGGAUGGUAGGCACAUAGUAGUUUCGAGUAACUUCUGAUGAAUCUUCGGUGAAAGUUCACGGUUCUUAAAAAAAUCUUAUUUCGCAUGCUUUGUAGGUGUAAUACAUAAUGGCUGUCAAAAGUUAGUUGACCAAUAAAAUGAACAAAUAAAGUUGUGUUGCAGCAUUAAAUACGAGUUAUAUAUAUAUAUAUAUAUA